GGGACCAGGGGCGGAGCGGGGAUACACCCGGGCCGCCGGUUUUGUCACCAGGGGGCUCCCGAGACUCUCAGCGCGGAGCGUGUGCGCCUGCGCCCUCACCUCUGGCGACUCCAGAGGGGCUUGGACCGGGCGACCCCAGGUUGCGCAUGCGUGUGUCGCUCCUGCGGUUGCGAUUGGCUUUCAGGCGACCGUGCAGGUGUGCGCAUGCGCCGCCGUAGAAGGCAGGCCCUUAGGGUAAGAUGGCCGCGGGAAGUUUUGCUUCCCGCCUCAGGGGCUCCCGGCGCUUUCUGAGUGUCUUCGUGGCCGGGGCUGUGGUGGGCGCCGCGGGAGGCGGGUUCACGGCCCUGCAGGUGCUCCGGAGUCAGGGCGCUGAGGCAGCGUUGGCGGUGAGGGAGCCCGACGGUUGUGCAGAAAAGGCUCUCUUGGAACAAUUUGGAGUCCCUUUAACUGGAACAGAGACUAGGCGUUACACUAAUCAUGCCUUGUCUUAUGAUCAGUCGAAGCGGGUGCCUAGAUGGGUACUUGAACAUAUAUCCAAAAGCAAGAUAAUGGGUGAUGCCGACAGAAAACAUUGUAAAUUUAAGCCUGAUCCCAACAUCCCUCCAACCUUCAGUGCCUUCAAUGAAGACUAUGUUGGGAGUGGGUGGUCACGAGGACACAUGGCUCCAGCAGGAAAUAACAAAUUUUCAUCUCAAGCCAUGGCUGAAACCUUUUACCUUUCUAAUAUUGUGCCUCAGAAUUUUGAUAAUAAUGCUGGAUAUUGGAACAGAAUGGAAAUGUACUGUCGAGAACUGACGGAGAGGUUUGAAGAUGUUUGGAUCGUAUCUGGUCCGUUGACUUUACCUCAGACUGGAAGUGAUGGAAAGAAAACAGUUAGUUACCAGGUGAUCGGUGAGGAUAAUGUGGCGGUCCCCUCGCACCUUUAUAAGGUGAUCCUGGCUCGCAGAAGCCCAGCGUCCGCUGAACCACUGGCACUAGGGGCCUUCGUGGUGCCCAAUGAAGCCAUUGGCUUCCAACGCCAGCUAAGUGAAUUCCAAGUGAGUCUUCAGGACCUGGAGAAGUUAUCCGGACUGGUGUUUUUUCCUCAUUUGGAUAGAACUGUUGGCAUCAGGAAUAUCUGCUCUGUGGACACCUGCAAACUCCUGGAUUUCCAGGAGUUCACCCUGUACCUGAGCACGAGAAAGAUGGAGGGAGCCCGAUCAGUAUCCAGACUGGAAAAGGUCAUGGAAAAUUUGAAGAACGCAGGGGUUGAACCAGAUGAUUACUUCAUGAACCGCUACAAGAAGAAACUAGAAGAACUCCAAGCCAAGGAGCAGUCAGGACCCCUGACUGGAGAGACAAAGCCAUCUUAGUUGCCAUCUCGGAAGACGUGCGAGAGCAUCUCUGACGAAGCAGGUGUGUCUUCUCCAGGCUGAUGUAUUUUUCGUGGCUUGGCUUUAAAGAAAUUACGAACUCCUAAACGUAAGACUAAAUUUCUCUCCAGAGAUAAAAGAUCCAAAAGAUGAGAGAUCAGUAUUUUAUUUGACGUGGGAACUAAUUAAGGAAACCGUGAGGUCUGCAGGUUGUGUGCCGAUCUUGUGUCAGUUCACAGGACUCUGACCACAAGAUGACAUUGUUUUUGUGUCCCUCUGGACGUCAGCACGUGAACGCAUUUUGUCUUUGUGCCUCCAGGUCACGCACUGCGUGUGAUGUAUCUGCUCAGCUGUCUUCAAGUCCAGUGUUGUGUGUUUUCUUUCUCUAGGACCCGAGUUGCUCUUUGAGGUGGCUUUUAGACGUCCUCUGUGCGCUGUCCUGUCCACGUGUGUUAUAGUGGCAUAGAUUUGUUUCUUCUCACAGACCUGCUGGUCCUCCACGGGUGUCACACAGAAGCCCUCGGCUACAUUUUCUGUGCGCUUAGUAUGUUCUGUGUACUAAGCUCAAUGCUUUACAUGUAUUAUCUUUCAGCGACUCUCCGAGGUAAAUCCCACUGCCCUCAUUUUACACACGAGGAAAUUAAGGCUUAGGGAGCUUAAGUGUUUUGUCCAGGCUUCACCUUUCCAAAGAAGUAACUCACAGAGGUAGGAGGCAUGUGGGGCAGAGAAGAAACCUCACAGCGUGAGGUAGGUUCAAAUAAUCCUCACACAGAGGCUUUUGACUCAGAAAUACAUAUAUACACACAUGGGGAUUGGUGAUCCUGGGCCUGCUUGCUAAGAGAUUGCUUGUCUGCCAUCGAACCAAAUCUUGAAUGUCCUCCGACUUAAACCCUCCUUAGCUCUUUGGGAAGAAAUAAUCACAGAUAUUUGAAAGUUAGGGGGCAUUGCUUUUUUGGAGUCUUAUCAGAGCCCCUACUUGCCUCCAGGGAUGCAGUUCUCUUAGUGACCAAAUGGUGCCAAACUGAUACGUUCUUUGCUUUCCAGGUGAGCAGUUUGUUCCACAGAUUAAGCGACCUAACGAGGGUCUGUGCCCACAGAGUCGCCAGCUCAUGAUUUGCUCCCCUUGUGCCUGCUUGUCUACCUGGGCAGCAGACGACGGGGUGCUUUGGGCCAAAGGCUCAGAGACCAUUCUGAUUAUCUCUAGGGGAAACGACGGCUGUUUUUCUGAGCCAGAUCUCUAGAUUUGGGUUUACAUGGAAUCCUUUCAGGGACUACCAUAAGUAUAGGCCACAAAAUACCUUAAAAUAGGGCACAGGAGCGUCUAAAUGUGUCCUAUCAGUGCGGUUCCGUGUGGUAUUACGAGAACGGUUUUUGUGGUGUUCGGUGUGUUUGUCUCUAACAGAAACGCAAGGCUUUAAGCUAAAGGUAAGAUGGUGGUGAUUGACCUUGUUCUGCUCCUUUAUUUGGGCAAAAAACAAAGAAGUUGGGAGGGUCAGAACACAGUAGCCUGACGAAUCCAGUGUGUUUUAUCACACUGUUCGCCAUUAGCUUAUGCCAGUCCUCUCUUCUCAGGGAUGAAGAGCCAAAAUGUCACCGUGACCACAAAAUCUGUUACUUUCUCUCCUCACUGGAGAGGUGAUGGUGGGGCCUCCCGGUGUGGUGUUUCUCUCGGCAUGAGGGGGCGGCUCUGUGGGAGAAGUCCCGGGCGCUUAGCAUGCAUCUCUGGAGGUGAGCUCCCAUCUUCUUCCCCCACGUCUGGCACUGUGCUCUUGUUCUAGCCUGAAUUUCCUUCAGCCUUGGACUUCCUUCCCGUGCUCUUCUCCCUCCUAACCCUCCGCCUAGACGGUGGAUAAUCUUGAUUUUUAGAUCAGUAAAUUUAGGUGCCUUAGGUUUUUAGUAUGAAAAGUGCUACCUGGUCAUUGUGAAAAGUAGAAAUGCUUAUAACGAAAAAUGCAGUCUCCCAGUCUUCAUUUUAACAUGGAGAAGUUGUGUUGGUCUAUAGGAGGGAGGCUUGAAUUGUCUGAACACGUCCAUUAAGAGUCCCUCCAAAACAAACUGAAAUGUGAGUACUAGAUAGAGCUUAGAAUUUUCCCCUGGAUCAGAUCGAUGCUUUACACGUGUUAUCUUUCAGCAACUCUCCGAGGUGAAUCCCACUGUCCUCAUUUUACACACGAGGAAAUUAAGGCUUAGGGAGCUUAUUAGGGAGCUUAAGCGUUUUGUCCAGGCUUCACCUUUCCAACUCACAGAGGUAGGAGGCAUGCGGGGCAGAGAAGGUGGGACUCCCCUGGUAGGCCUGCUGAUUAUUUGGACGCAGCUGCAGGAGAUCCGUAAGCCACUCCCAGCACCAGGUCUGUCCCCUCUGACCAAAUAAGCUCAUAUUACCCACCUUAGCAAGUAACCAUCCUCUUGGUCCCUCCUUGGGGUCUGCUGAGUUCUCAGGCUGGGUCUGGGCCUCCGCCUUCUGUCCGCUGAUGCUCAGGGGAGUACCCUGGCCAAGGGGAAGGCUGCUGUGGAAGAAUAGCCAUCUGCACGGGCUCUGCUGCCAGCAACCCCAUCUGUAGGUGAGGAGCACUCCCUAAUGUCCCCACCCCCAGGGACAUCUUUAUUUGAGACUCCAGGCUCUUUGGUCUCCGGAUCGAGAAUAUUUGACCAGUGUUGUAUGCGGCAGAGGUAGGAUGGGUGUGCCAGCUCCUUACUGCGGGCUAGCAUUUCUGCCUUGUACCUUGACCUUCAAACAACUGCAAACCUCUGCCCCUCCGUCAGGCCUCUGAAGCACACAGAGGAGAGACGGUGUGAUCUUGAGGGAGCACGCCUGCAGGGCUGGGCUCAGCCCGGAGCAGCCCCACUCUUGGAGUGACUGAGCGCUGCCGUCACCUGUGCUCUCUGUCUCAUCCCUGGGAGCAUGUAAGUGUCACUUACAUCAGCAGCCUGUCCCUGAAGCUGUCCCCGCUCACUCCUGCACAGCCUCCCCCUGUGUGCCCUUACCUGUCCUGGGCACACUCCGCCUUCCCCCUUGAUCCUUCAGUUCAUUCUGCUGGAAGUGGUCAAGGGGGCCUCGCAUCUGGCCCGGGACUCCUGCUCCUGCCUGCCUCCACGCCCCACCUCUCAGGUCCAGCCUCACCUCCAGGGACCAACCCACAGGUCACUGGAGAAGACCAAGUGCAGGAACUGGACCUCGGCGUGGAGCCUGUGUAAUUUGGGGUGUGCAGUGGGGAUGUGGUGAAUGGACUUCUCUUAGUGUUCCUGAACGUGCCGUCAUGGCCUAGGGGCUGGUCAGCCCCCGAGUGCAGAGUGCCUCUAGGGGUCACUGUGGCCUCAUGCCACACUGCAAGACUCGAGUCUGUCGUGACCGUGUCCGACAAAGAACUUACCGCUAGCUCUGUAAGCCACGAAGGGUGCAGUCAGCUUCAGACGUCAGGCUCCCGGCUCUCAGGCCAGAUGAAACAGGCCGUCUUGUCCAGUAGGCCUCAUGUUUGACUCGUCAGAAUGUGAGAUUUUCCCCCCAACUUUAUUUUGAAUAAUGUCCUUACAAGUUGAGGGGAGAGUACAGAAUGCUCUCUCCCUUGAUAUUUUGUCCCAUUUGCUUUCUCUUUUUCUCGAACCAUUUAAAAGUAGUUCUUGGAGGGGGGGGGGGUGGGCACCUGGGUGGCUCAGUCAGUUAAGUGUCCCAACUUUGGCUUAGGUGAUGAUCUCACAGUUGGUGAGUUCGAGCCCCGGGUCAGGCUCUGUGCUGACAGCUUGGAGCCUGGAGCCUGCUCCGGAUUCUGUGUCUCCCCCUUUCUCUGCCCCCUCCCCUGCUUGCUCUCUGUCUCUUGCUCUCUCAAAAAAAAAAAAAAAAACAAACAUUAAAAAAAAUAAAAGUAAUUGGUUAAAAAAAGAAGUUGUAGACAUUACACUUUAUUCUUAAAUACUUUGGCCGGUAUUACCUAAGAAUAAAGACUUUCCCCCUAUAUUUCCAGAAUACCGUUAUCAUAUCUGUAAGGAAAUUAUCAAGAAUUCAGUAUCAUCUAAUGAACAGUGUCUUAACAUUCACCUAGGUUUUCCCCAAAAGUCUUACACUUUUGUUUUGAAUAUCCAUGUCUCAGUCAAGAUUUGAUUAUUGUAUUUUGUUGUCAUGUGUAGUCUUUGUUAAUCUAGAACGUUCUUCCCAGUGAGCUUCAAAGAGAGAGCUUCGAGAGAGAGUGCUCCAGUGAGUCGUGACCCUUGAGCCCCAAACUUCGAACAGAUGUCCACCAGCUGGUCCAGCUCAGGGCAACUGCACUCGGACAUGUCCCGGCAGCUCACGUGGCUCCAGUUCAUUAACCGCCAGGAACUGGACCAUGUUGUCAGGUGCUUCUUCACGAAUCUUAAGCUGGAGCACCCGUGCAGCCUUGCUGUACACGUGCUUUGCCCGCUGGUGGAGUUUGAAGAUGAGCACGUCUUGAGUGUUCGGGCUUAGAAUUUGGGUUCAAAGCUCCUGCAGGCUAAUUCCCAGACACCUGUAGACCUCUUCAGGGCUAUAGGGUUCAAGGUGAAGAACAUCUUCUGUGAUCCUCAGCAUUUCUUCCAGACUCACCCUUAGUUUGGCCUACACCUCCUCUAGCUGCAGUAUUUUAUCCCAUUUCAAGCCUUUGUACUUAGCCAGGAGUUUGGCCCCAAACUCCCAGUGUGUAGAAUGGUGCACUUGAUGGCUACUUCACAAGCUACC